AUGAAUAGCAAUGGUGACUACCGAACCGGUAGUUUAGCGGAAGUUACCGGAAGCUCUGAUAAUCCGCCCACUAAUAACCAGGAUAAUGUACCCGGUCCAAGCUCGGAACGGAACAGUCCCAACUCAAGUGCCAGUUCUUUCGUUGUACAUUUACCACCUAGAAGACUAUUUUCAGUGAAUGAUGGACCAGCUUUCAAUAUGAAUAGCGUACCCAAUGGAUCUGAUUGUGGAUCCGAAAUAGGUCAAACGUUAGAUGAACUAUCUUUUACAAAUUGUUUCGAAGACAAGAACUCUGGCUUGAUCAAGCUCACUAUUGACAACCUGUCACAAAUGAAGACCAAAGUCAACACAGAUUACUACUACAUUGGCAAUCUACCUUGGCGGUUAGCAGCUAAAACUGAAUGUACUAAAAGAACAUCCGAAGUCAAAUUUUUCUCGGUUUACAUUGACUGUAAUCCAGAGAGUGAGAGCACUCUUUGGUCUUGCGAUGCCUUGGUAGAGUUCCGACUUGUAUCUCAAAAGCCGAACGAUGUACCUGAUUUUUCGAGAAAAUUCACCAAUAAGUUCAAUUACAAUUCCAAUAACUGGGGAUUCCCAUCAUUCAUGGAAUGGUCUGACAUUCUCGACUUGGAGAAGGGAUAUAUAAAGAAUGAUAAGAUUCUCGUAGAAGCUCGUAUCACAGUACAAAAGUCAAGAGGCGUCAGAAAAACGCCUGCUUUCAAUUUUAAAGUACCACAAGCUCAUACAAGUGAUGCAGUCUUCGUUAUUGAUGGAAUACGACUCCACAUAAGCAAAGCUUACUUAGCAUUGUAUUCUCCAGUUUUCCAUGCCAUGUUUUUCUCCAAGUUCAGUGAGAGAGAAAAAAAAGAGAUUCCAUUGGAAGAUGUAGUCCUAGACGAGUUUAUAGAGCUUCUUAAUGUGAUUUAUCCAAGUCACAAGCCAAUUACACAAGAAAACGUAGAAUAUUUGUUGGAACUGGGAGACAAAUACGAAAUCCAGUAUGUCGUCAAUGAGUGUGAGCGUUUCCUUGUAAGUACUGAGUGUACUGAAGAAAUAAGUGUAUUAACGAAAUUAGUAUGGGCUGAUCAAUAUAAUCUGGCUAGGCUACAGGAUAACUGCCUAAGAACUUUCAAUAAAGUGAGCGAAGUGAAAAAGCUUCGAAUGACCGAGGAAUACAAGAGCUUCAGUGACGCGACUAAGGCAGCUUUAUUAGAAAGAACGCUCAAAGUGUUUAGAGAUUAA